AUGUCGGAGUAUUCAGGGGAUAGGACGACGGCCACUUCUAUCAUCAGCAUCAAUCUUCUGCAGGCCCAGAAGAAGCUUCCUGAUCGAAUUCGUGGACCUCCGGGAUGGAGGCGGCAUCAGGGUGCAAGUGCCAUUGCGGCAAACCGAUUCCCUGGAAAUGGGCGGCUCGAUGCUCCAAGAGCAGACAGUGCCCAGACUAUUACUCUUUGCUGGGAUGACCAUCUCCCCCGAAGCUCGAGGCUCGCAACGUCUCAUGCUGCAGUUGGGUUGACAGUACACCAUUUCUUCGUCAAGGAUAUCAUUCACUCGGAGGAUGAGCCAGAGCGACUGAGACAGCUGCAUGAACAAAAUGCGGCAACGCGCUGGUUCAACAUCCGCCAUCGGAAUUCCCAGCCUGUUCUCUACGUCUACGAUAGAUUCAGCCCAUUAUGUGAACCUAUUGCCGACCAAACCUCCUCGGCCGCCGCCACUUUCCCAACGUUCGUGUCCUUCAUCGGGAAGUCGGGCGUCGGCAAGUCCACGCUGGUGAGAGCAAUGCUAUUGCUGGGAAAUCUAGACGUACAACACGUGAAAAAAGAUGAUAUAUCUAACCUCUCAACAAACCAAAAUCGUUCCGACACUUUCAGAGCCGCCAUGUCUUCGCAACAGGAGAUGCCGGUGACCCGAUCGGGCCAUAUUGAUCAUGCUACAGACCCUACGACACUUGGUGUCCAUCUCUACAAGGACAGCUCGAGCUCACGUACAUCGCAAUCGAACUCCAAUGCCUUGACAUUGUUCGCAGACUGCGAGGGAUUCUUCGCUGGGGCGGCCCAAACGAAUGCUGAACGCUUUGCCACAGAUCAACGCAGAAUGUCGGCCAACGAAGAUGCUACGGAGGCAAAUGUGUUGUACAAAGCGCCCGUGACCGCGGCCAGUUACUCUCGUCAUGGACAGCAAGGAGCAGAGCUGUUCUACGCAAGAUUUCUUUACGCCGUCAGCGAUGUCGUCGUCUUUGUGACCAACGAGGAUCAGAACAUCACACUUCUGCUUGUGAGCGCGCUUGAGUGGGCAGCGACAGCAGUUAUGCACUCGGUUAAUUACCCUUCGCGGAAGACUCUCGUCAUCGUUCGCAAUGGCGCUCUUGGCCACAGCCAGCAAUUUGUCGAUAACGAGUCACUCGAGAGACUAUACUUGGAGCGUCAGGCCUUUUUGUGGAGAGCGUCACCCAUACUUCAGAAUUUUGUCAAUGAUUACAACAGCAAACAGGAUGGAUUUAGCAAGCAUAUCUACCGGAAUCGAGACCUCUACGACGCAUUGUUUGAUAGAAUCAUUUGCUGCUGCAUACCUCAUGUCAGUGAUGUUGAGGAACACGGAGACGAAACCAUGUUCACCCAAUACCUAAAACUACGGACCCUGAUCGACGAUGCUUCGCAACGAGCAAUCAAUAUGCGUUCCAAAGUGUGGAUGAAAUAUAAUGUUUCUUCCCUCUCUCAAAUCCUCUUUUCAGCUUUCGAGCACUUUCGGACCAGCGACGAAGCAUUCAAUUUCAACAAGGCUGCGAGGAUCAGCAAACCCAACCCCCAAUCGUUCUCCGACCAUAUUGCCAAUUUCCUUCGCCUUGCCUUCAACUCGCCGAUGUCUGUCCAAAUCAGGGCAAUGAUACCUAAUAUUAUAGCCCUGAGCUUUGUUGUUUGGUCAAUGAGGAAUCUCAUUCACGUGGUGGAUCCAGCAGGCCUAUUUGGCCGCGUUAUAAACGGUGACAAGGAUGAGUUCUCGCUGGCACAGCACUGUCAGUCUGCCCUCCAAGAGUACGAAGAAAAGUACCAGCAAUGUGGGUAUAAGUUUUCGGAGAACGACCUUUGCACAAAUGGGCCGCCGGCUACCCAUCAGCGACUGCAUUUGUCGAUAUCCAAGAAACGGGCGGACGGGGAAUUCACCCCCAGGCACAGAUUGGACCCAAACCUGGUGAGUCUGAUUCGAGACGGAUUCUUGGAGCAUUAUGAAAGUCUAGUGAGUGACGGAGGGACCCACUACCGGUCCAUGACCAAGCCCGCUCCAAGUAAGAUCAGGAGGGUUCGAGAAGCCGUCGUGCAAAAAUACAUCAGGCAGUGGAGUUCGCUGACUAGCAAUAUCACCUGUCUUGCUUGUCUGCAGGCAGUACCCGAAAACGUCCUGCACUGCGGCCACGGAUUCUGUGUCCAAUGCGUUCGAGAACUGGGACAGGCGUCAGAGAGCUUCGAGUCGGCUUGGACGUUCGAAGUCUGUCCCCUUUGCAGCGCACGGACAUGUGACAGCUACUCACAUCUGAUAAGGGAAAGACCACGAUGUGCUGGCGCCCGAAUUCUGACGCUGGACGGAGGCGGGAUUCGGGGCAUCAUUGAGCUUGCUAUCAUCCAAGAGAUGGAGAAGAGGCUGGGCUUGCAGAUUCCCUUCCGUGACUACUUUGACCUCAUAGUCGGGACAAGCACAGGCAAGUCGUUCCAGGGCCAAAUUUCGAGACUUGGACAUGCCCUUAUUAACCUCCUUCCUUCAUAG